CUCUCUCUCUCUCUCUCACGAGCACCCCGCGAUCAACGCCGGGAAUCCAGCGAUCGCCUCAUCGGACGCCGGAGACAAUGGGCCAGCAGCCAUUCGGCGACACCACGCUCACCAAGGUCUUCGUCGGCGGACUCGCAUGGGAGACCCAGAAAGACGUUCUGCGUGACCACUUCGCUCGAUUCGGUGAUAUUCUCGAAGCCGUCAUCAUCUCCGAUAAGACCUCCGGCCGUUCCAAGGGCUAUGGCUUCGUCACGUUUAAGGAUGCUGAAUCAGCGAAGAAGGCUUGCGAGGAUCCUUCGCCGGUGAUCAAUGGCCGCCGUGCUAACUGUAACCUCGCUUCGCUCGGUGCACGCCGGCUUCGUCCCUCGCCGCCACCGACCCCGAUCUCCACCACUCCUCCGCCGCCCCCUCCGCGGCAUGGUGCGAGAGGGGUGGCGGCGCCGCCGUGGUACUACGCAACGGGGACGCCGGGACCGUAUCCACAGCAUCACCACCACUACCACGCCGGCGUUGUGCCGUUUUACGCCGCCGGCGCUGCCACCACCCCUGCGGCGUACGGGUACUCUCCCUCAUACGUGACGGAUUAUGGUUAUAAUCAGAAACUGAGCCAUGGUGGUGGAGGGUCCUAUGUUCAGGGUCAGUUCUCCCAUGUCCCUAUACCCAAGCCAAGGAGGGAUUUUUGCUCCAAAUGCUAUGCUGCCUGUAUACCCACUGUAUCACUUCCAGCACCACCAGCCCCACACCAUGGGUCUUCCUGCUCACAUCUUCCCUCCAACUACUGCAAGCACCAUGACCACUAUCCCCACCAUCAUCUCCAAGCCUCCUGCAAUCCCUGCUACCACAGUUUGUUUUGCAGUGGAACCUGUUAAAGGAUGCAGCUAAAUAAAACAAAUCAAGGCGUACACUGGAGUGAAUCCAAAAAACAAAAAGCAAAAACAAAAAGAAGAAAAGCCAAAUAAAAAAAAAAUCACCAUUUUCUGAAGGAUUUUAUUUCUUUCAUUCCAUUAGUCUCAUUGGAUUCAUUUUUAUUCCAUCUAACUUGCAUCUGUAACAGGGAACAUUGUCCAUUUACCAAUAUAUUUUAUGGUAAAUUUGUCAUGUCUAAAUAUUCCCCAAAAAAAAGGACCAUUUUGUCAUGAAUAAUAACAUCUA